AUGUGUCUCUACAGUUCAGAUAUAGAAAAAAAUCUGGAGGAACAAGUUAAAUUUUAUCAGAAACUGUUUACUUCAGAGGGAUGGAAUGAACAGGAAGCAGAGAAGCUUUUAAUGAAUGUAGAUGCAAGAUUAACAGAAGCAGAAAACCUAGAUUGUGAUAAAAUUCCUACUGAAGAAGAAAUUUUAAAAGUCAUUAAAACUCUGAAAAAAAAUAUGGAGCAGAAGGGAGGUAUUAUUAUCUUCUUAGAUCAACAAAAAGCGUUUGAUAGAGUGGAAUGGGUACUUGAAUGCUACGAGAAAGCUUCAGGCGCACGUAUCAAUAAGAAGAAAACAAAAGGUAUGUAUAUUGGUAGUUGGAAGCAACGACCUCCAAACUACAUGGAGAUAUCAUGGGUGACAGACAACAUUAAAGUUCUAGGAAUUUAUAUGGGGUACAAUAUAGAUAAAAAACGGGACGAGUUCAAACGAGUCCUUGCGGAGGCGGAGAACAAACUGGUGGUUGUCGACUUCCAAGCCUCGUGGUGUCAACCGUGCCGUACCAUUGGUCCAGUAUUCAAGGAAAUGGCGGAGAGUAAGGUGUUUGAGGAUUUGGUAUUUUGUGAGGUGGACGUCGAUGAAGCUGCGGAUGUUGCCGAGGAGUAUGAAGUGCAAAUGAUGCCCGCGUUUAUGUUCUUCAAAAAAGGGGAAAAGAUAAGAAUGGUACUCGGAACCAAUGUAAACAAGCUCAAGGCAUCCAUUGAGGAAUUGAUGUAG